UACUUUCUACCGUCACUAGCAUGACAGAGAAGUCGAAUGGCGUUUGUUUUCAACUGAGAGCACUUUGUUCAAAGUCAGCAUUCCGUUUAUUUUUCUUUUAGAACAAAGAAUUGGGUUUCAAGCUUUUUUUUUUUUAAGGCAAAACUAUCUUUGUCUAUUUAGCUUUGAGAAAUAAGUUAGAGUGUCUUCUCUAUUCUGACAAGAGCAUACCAUGGUCAAGCGAGUUGCAGUGAUCGGAGCUGGUGUGAGUGGCCUGUCUUCCAUCAAGUGCUGCUUGGAUGAGGACCUGGAGCCCACCUGCUUCGAGAGAAGCAAUGAAAUCGGGGGACUGUGGAAGUUUACUGAAACUUCUAAAGAUGGGAUGACCAGGGUCUACAGGUCAUUAGUGACAAAUGUCUGCAAGGAAAUGUCAUGUUACAGUGACUUCCCCUUCCAAGAAGAUUAUCCAAAUUUCAUGAAUCAAGGAAAAUUUUGGGACUAUCUCCAAGAAUUUGCUGAGCACUUUGACCUUCUGAAAUACAUUCAGUUUAAGACCACUGUGUGCAGCAUAACAAAACCUCCAGACUUCUCCGAAACUGGUCAGUGGGUCGUUGUCACAGAGACAGAGGGCAGGCAGGAGAGAGCUGUCUUUGAUGCUGUCAUGGUUUGCACUGGACAUUUCCUGAAUCCCCGUUUACCACUGGAGUCCUUUCCUGGAAUCCAUAAGUUUAAAGGACAGAUCCUGCACAGUCAAGAGUACAAGAUCCCAGAAGGCUUUCAGGGCAAACGCGUGUUAGUGAUUGGCCUCGGGAACACCGGAGGGGACAUUGCAGUGGAGCUCGGUCGAAUGGCAGCUCAGGUACUUCUCAGUACUAGAACUGGUACUUGGGUUAUUGGCCGCUCUUCAGAUGGGGGCUACCCUUGUAAUAUGAUGAUUAUAAGAAGAUGCCAUAAUUUUAUUGCACAAGUUCUGCCUUCAUGUGUACUAAGGUGGAUUCAAGAGAGGCAGUUGAACAAAAGACUUAACCAUGAGAACUAUGGAUUAAAUAUUAUAAAGGGGAAAAAGACAAAGUUAAUUGUGAAUGAUGAGCUGCCAACCUGUAUCCUCUGUGGGGCAGUCACUAUGAAAACCAGCGUGAAGGCAUUUACAGAAACCUCCGCUCUCUUUGAAGAUGGGACAGUGGAAGAAAACAUUGACGUUGUGAUCUUCGCUACAGGAUAUACAUUUUCUUUUCCUUUUCUUGAAGAACCUCUCAGAAGCCUUUGUACAAAGAAGAUGUCCCUAUACAAGCUGGUCUUUCCUUCAAGCCUAGAGAAGGCAACCUUAGCUAUGAUUGGCCUCAUCAGCCUUAAAGGGUCCAUCUUGGCAAGCACCGAACUCCAGGCUCGAUGGGCCACAAGAGUAUUCAAAGGACUCUGUAAGAUACCUCCACCCCAAAAAUUGAUGGCUGAUAUUACUAAAAAGGAGCAGCUCAUUAAAAGAAGAGAAAACAAAGACUCAGAGAAGUUAAGCAACCUACCCCAUUUCACACAGCAAGUAAGAGAACAGGGAUCUGAACGCAAACACACAUGACUGCAAAGCCCAGAAUAUCUCACUAAUAGCCUUGGGAGAUCCUCUUUCAACCCCUUUCAACCUCAAUUUGUUUGUCAAUGAAACUUCAACCUGGACACCUUCUCCUUCAAGAAAACUUCACCUUCCUGCUCACUCCUCUUUCCUCUGUGCUACCUCUGCAGUUUGAAUAGACUUCUAAAUAUUGUACUUUUCACAUUCCAUCACUCCAGUCCCCAAAGAACAAAUGGUACAGGUAAAGGCUAAGGUAAGUGAAUCCAUUUUUAAAAGGAAUCAAAAUUUUAUAGUAUAAUGGGGAAAAAAUUAGGUUUGAUCAAGACUUCAAUUUGAGAAAUGAAACCAGAAAUUAUCCUGUUUGCUUUCCUUUUUUUUAUUUAAAUUUUAUUGAGAUAUAUUCACAUAUCAUACAAUCAUCCAAAAUGUACAAUCAGUUGUUCACAGUACCAUCAACUUUCCUUUUAUUUAACCAAAUCAUUAUUAUAAUCACAACUAUAUGAUAAUUACUAGAAUGAAUAAAGAAUGCAUGAAAUGCUCACAGGAAGGUUUUUGACUAAUUGUCUUACAAUUCAAUAUGACAGCAAGAUAAAAUCUUCUCACCUCAUUCGACAUCCUUUACUUCAUGUUUCACUUUGAUAGCAAGAUUGUAAGGUUGGUAUUCAAAGUUUUCAUUUAUUUUACCAAAUACCUCUUUUAAUUCUUUCAUAUUUAAAUCAUUCUCUCUUUGAACUCCAGUCUCAUCACCAUCCUUAUCAAUUUUCUCUUUUUCAUUCUUAAAAUUUCUUACAUGAUUUAACUCUGUCAGACCCUGAUUUUCCAAUGGCUUAGCAGUUCUCCAUUCUUAUUUUCAUCAGCUUCAUGAAAUCCUUCUUAUAUUGUGGGAUUUGCAAUUUUAUUUUGUCAUUGGUUAACAUCAUAUGGUCUGCAACAUCAGACAAUCAGAAACUGACCACAAAAACCCUGAUGAGAAUGAUACACGGAGUAGACUCCACUGUUGAGUAGGGAUAUGUAUUAGAGAGAAAAUAAAUCUGUAAAUGGCCAGUUCAUUCAUUCAUUCAUUCAACAAAUAUCUAACGAACAAGUACUAUAUUCUAAGCACUAUUCUAGACCAUGGAGUUUCAGCAGUGAAUAAAAACAGAUAAAGUCCUUGAUUUCAUGAAAUUUAUAACUCAGUGUGAGAGGCAAAAAAAUAAUAAAAUAUGAAAUAAAAUGAUGGAUUGAAUUAUCUUCUUCUCCCCAUCCUCCCCAACCCCCCAAAAAAUAUAUUCAAGUCCCUACCUCCAGUCCCAUGAACAUAACCUUAAUUUGAAAUAAGGUCUUGGAAGAUGUGAUUAGUUCAGAAGGGGCCAAACUGGAUUAGGGUGGGCCUUAAGCCAAGAUUACUGGUAUCCUUAUAAGAGAGAAAUUUGGGCACAUGGACAUUGGAGAGAAGGCCAUAGUAAGAUAAGAGAAGGCAGACAGAGUGAUGCAUUACAAGCCAAGGAUUGCUGACUCUGAUGGUUAAAGUUCAUGUGUCAACUUGGCCAGAUGAUGAUACCCAGUUGUCGGGUCAAGCAAACACUGGCCUGGUGGAAUACUAUGUGGAUAUUUCUUGGACUUAAAUCAUCAGAAGGUUGGUUACAUCUAUGGCUGAUUACAUCUGCAAUCAACUGAGGAGAAUGCCUUCAACAAUGAGAGAAAUCUAAUCCAACCAGUUGACAGCUUUAAAAGAAGUGAUGAUUUCAGCAGUGAGAUGAGAGAACUUCCGUCUUUAAUUCAGUGAGCCAACUUCUCCUGGGGAAUUCACUGAAAACCUCCCUUGGAGUUGCCAGCUUGCAGCCUGCCCUAUAGUAUUUGGACUUGCCCAUCCCCACAGUCAUGUGAGAAAAUUCUUAUAAAAAUCUCAUUUCUGUUUCCCUAGAGAACCCUGACUAAUAGAAUUUUGUUGCCAGGAGCGGUUCUUCAGAAAAGGCAACAGGAUGAGAUUUGUGGAUUGGUUUUUGAAAUUGGUUCUCUAUCCUGAUUAAAUUCAAAGCCACUAAUUCUAUCUCCAACAGUCAAGAUAGCACAGCCAAUCCAUGGCAUGAGUUGGCAACAAAGAUAUGCAAAAUAUCACCAUUACAUACAGCUACUCAAACGCUUAUAAGAGGCAAUACUCUGGGUGAGAGUGUUUUGACACCUUAACAGAGUUUUGUGGAGUUAAAAGGUGUAAUGAAGGUGGAUGGUUGUUCCUAAAUAUGCUGCAUAAAGUUAUAAAAGGAAGGGAUGAGGUUAAGUCUUCAAAUUCCCAACCUAAGUGCCAAAUGAAGGACAUGAAAGUUUCUAUGUGUGCCCUGAAAGAAAAUCUUAAUUUCACGUAGCCACAGACUUGAGAUUUCUGAAAAACAGACUGACUCUCAUUGUGUAAGUGGGUGAAUUUCAACAUAAAUUAUAUUUCCAAACGUAUAGGAUGUCUGCUGUUAAUGUGAGUACAUUGAUUGGAAAAGAAUGGGAUCCUGAAAAUUGGAAUGGAACAUAUGGGUUAAUAAUAAUGGUGGGGACAUUGAAACCCUGGAUUCUGCUGAGUCUUUGCCAAAUAAGACUGUAAUGGUCUGCCCUGAGUAAUCAGCCACCCAACCUCCACCUGAAAAGACUGACCCUGCUGUGCCUAAUAAACCUGUAACCACUUUCCCUGAGGAAACAGCCUUUACUCCUCUGUCUGAAGAGAGUAAUCCUAUUUCACCAGGAGAAACUGAAAUGGAAUGUCUGGGUAGUUGACUUGUAAGACACUUCUAAUUCUUCUUGUGACCCACAAUCCACCAUCCUUCUUUUCUUCCAGACCUAUAACUAGUCUGAAGUCACAACAGGCCCCAAAAGGUGA